AUGCGGCGGCAGAUUGGAAGUCAUGCAGCAACCUUGUUCUGCUCCUUUUGCCUUUUGCAUAAGAAGGACUUGGAAGAAACGGAUCAAACAAAGUUCCCGGUGCGAUCCAACGAGCAACAUCUACUGCAUGCAAAAGAGUGGUUGGCACUUGAUAGCUACAAGGGCCGGCAGAGCUUUAUGAAGAAAUACAGCGCAAGAUGGAGCGUUCUGAAUGAGCUCCCGUACUGGCGGCCAGUGGAUCAUUGCUCAAUUGAGCUGAUGCAUGCAUUAAUUCUUGGCGACUUGAAGGAUCACAGCCUCCGGUUCCUUUACCUCCCCUCGGCAGCAAAACAACUCCAGGCAACUCAGGAAAAGGAGGAAGAGUGGCAGAUGGAUGACCACUUUACGGCCCUUCCAUUCACCAAUCUCUUUCCAGCUGAACCAAAGAAGAAUCCUGGGAAGCGGAAGCGCACUGAAGAACCAAACGACGAACCUACAUCACUCAAGCCAGCCAAGAGAGGCCGUAAUACUCAACCAGGUCCUUCCCUCCAAGGGAGACAAUCCAAAUAUCAACCCAAUCCUGUAUCUGAGUCUGAAGACUCCUCCAACCAAAGCUCUGAGACCACGCAAACAAGCCACUCUUAUAAUUUACGAGCUCGAAAACAGGCAAUUUACAACAUAUGCAAUGAAAGUGCAGAUACUGAACACUCAGAAGACGACCGCAACAGUGAUUGUACCCUUUUUAUAGGUUAG